ACUGCAAUGCUGCUGAUCCCAGCAAAGCUCACCUGAUAACCAAUGCCAUUGAUGGCACUGAGCGCUGGUGGCAAAGUCCCCCUCUUUCCAUGGGCUUGAAGUACAAUGAAGUCAAUGUCACCUUAGACCUGGGGCAGCUAUUCCAUGUUGCCUAUAUCCUUAUCAAGUUCGCAAAUUCUCCUCGUCCAGAUCUCUGGGUCUUGGAAAGAUCAGUGGACUUUGGAAAAACUUACAUUCCCUGGCAAUAUUUUGCUUACUCGAAAGCAGAUUGCUUGGAGCGCUUUGGAAAGGAAGCAAAUGUUCCCGUGAGGGGGGACAGCGAUGUCCUGUGCACCACCGAGUACUCUCGCAUUCUGCCCCUUGAAAAUGGAGAGAUUGUAGUAUCUUUGGUAAAUGGCCGCCCAGGAGCAAAAAACUUCACUUAUUCCCCUGGUCUUCAAGAAUUCACAAAAGCGACAAACAUCCGUCUCCGUUUUCUCAGAACUAAUACUCUUCUUGGACACUUGAUAUCCAAGGCUCAGCGGGACCCCACUGUAACUCGUAGAUAUUACUACAGCAUAAAGGACAUCAGUAUUGGUGGUCGAUGUGUUUGCCAUGGCCAUGCUGAGGAAUGUAAUCCAAAGAGUGCUGAGAGCCAGCAUCGGUUUCAGUGUGAAUGUCAGCAUAACACUUGUGGGGAAACCUGUGAUCACUGCUGCCCUGGAUAUAAUCAGAAACAGUGGCAACCUGCAACAGCUGGGAGCACAAACAUAUGUGAACCCUGCAACUGCCAUGGACAUGCCACUGAUUGUUACUAUGAUGCUGACGUUGAUCAGCGUCGAGAAAGCUUAAACAUCCAUGGGCAUUAUGAAGGUGGAGGAGUCUGCAUUAACUGCCAGCAUAACACAGCUGGGAUUAAUUGUGAGAAGUGUGCAAAAGGUUACUAUCGUCCUUACGGUGUUCCAGUGAGCGCUCCUGAUGGAUGUAUACCCUGCAGUUGUAACUUGGAGCAUGCAGACGGCUGUGAGGAAGGGUCUGGCCGCUGCUUCUGUAAGCAGAAUUUCCAGGGAGACCACUGUGAGCGCUGUGCUGAUGGAUUCUAUGGUUAUCCAUUUUGUGUCUAUAAUCCUGUAUAUCCUUCUACUUCUUCAGUUCCCGGAGAUGCUGUGGCUGGUGACAUAAUAGAAAGAGGCUGCAAACCAGGGUAUUUUGGCCCCCAGUGUCUGCCAUGCCAGUGCCACGGUGCAGGAGUGCUGGGCAGUGACUGUGAUGGAAGUACUGGGCAGUGCCGAUGUCGGACAGGAUUUGGGGGUUUUUCCUGUGAUGCCUGUGCAGCUGGCUAUUUCCAGUACCCCUUCUGCCACAUGUGCGAAUGUAACUUGCUGGGUACCCAGCCUGAAGUCUGUGAUUUUCUUGGGAGGUGUCUUUGUCGCUCAGGGAUCACUGGACUUCAGUGUGACAGCUGCCAGCCUGGCCACCACUCCUUCCCUGCCUGUCAAGAAUGCAGCUGUGAUGGUGUUGGCUCAUUGGGGAACACCUGUGGUCCUGAAGGGCAGUGUCAGUGCCGUAGUAACUAUGCUGGGCUGAGAUGUGACCAGUGUGCUCCAGGAUAUUACGGCUACCCCAGCUGCUUGCGUAUCAGCAGCGAGUGUGACCCUGCAGGUAGCGUUGGCUCUCACUCUGGAUAUUGUCAAUGUCUCCAGCACGUUGAAGGUCCUACCUGCAGUAAAUGCAAACCUUUGUACUGGAACCUGGCCAAAGAAAACCCUCAGGGAUGUACAGCAUGCCAGUGUGAUGUGAGUGGAACACUAAGUGGAGUUGGAGAAUGUCAGCAGGAAAAUGGGAAUUGCUACUGCAAAUCUAAUGUUUGUGGAGAUUCCUGUGGCACUUGUGAAGCUGGUUAUUAUGCUCUUGAAAACAAGAAUUAUUUUGGCUGCCAAGGCUGCCAGUGUGACGUUGGAGGGUCCCUCAGCCCAGCCUGCUCCCAGCCCUCGGGCAGCUGCCGGUGCCGGGCGCACGUCGUGGGCGCGACCUGUCGCGAGCCUGAAAAAAAUUAUUUUUUUCCUGAUCUGCAUCACAUGAAGUUUGAGAUUGAAGAUGGUACUACUGUCCAAGGACAGAAAAUUCGGUUUGGCUAUGAUCCUCGGGAAUUUCCUAGCUUCAGUUGGAGAGGAUAUGCACAGAUGUCCUCUAUACAAAAUGAAGUGAGGAUAACUUUGAAUGUGGAAAAAUCCAACCUCUACUUAUUUCGCAUUAUCCUGAGGUAUAUUAACCCUGGAGGUGAAACAUUACCUGGUCACAUAUCUGCUUAUCAAUCUCAGCCUGGAGCAGGGGCUGCUCAGACCAAAGAGUUUGUCUUCCCACCCAGCAAGGAGCCAGCUUUUAUCACAAUCCCAGGAAAAAGCUCCACAGAGCCUUUCUCACUGGCUCCAGGCACAUGGACUGUCAGCAUAAUGGCAGAGGAAGUCCUCUUGGUCAAUUUAGAGAUGACCAUAAGUGUUCCUCAAGUUGGUCGCUAUGUUCUGGUUUUUGAAUAUGCCAAUGAAGAGGAUCAGAUAAACACUGCAGAGGUAACAGUGCAUAGCCCUGGACCUGUCACUGAAGGCAGAGUGAGAAUAUACAAUUGUAGAUACAGUUUCCUUUGUCGCAGCGUUGUAGUUGACGACAGGAAUCGCAUUGCAGCCUAUGACCUUCUAGCAGACACAAGGAUACAUCUUAAGGCAUCAGCAAGUAAUUUUCUCCUGCACAAGGUUUGCAUUAUACCAGCUGAAGAAUUUUCGCUAGAAUAUGUGGAUCCUAAAGUACAGUGCAUAGCUGCUUACAGGAGUAACAGUGAUGGAAGUGCAGCAUGCAUUCCCUCAGUUUUUGAGACUCCACCAGGAUCUUUGGUUUUGGAUGCAUUCAUAGAUGGGAAGAUUUCCGAAGUACAGGAGAAUAUACUCCAUGAUCCAUUGAGUGCCACUUUACCUGCUGGUUCAGUUCAUGGAGUCACCUUGACACCACUACAGAGCCAGAUCACCUUGAGUGGCAGAGUGCCUCACUUGGGCAGAUACGUGUUUGUGGUACAUUUUUAUCAGCCGGCACACCCAGUGUUCUCUGUGCAAGUUCAUGUGACUGCAGGACAUGUGUGGUCAGGUGCUUUCAAUGCUUCAUUCUGCCCUCACAAUUCUGGCUGUCGGGUUCAGGUGAUUGCAGCAAACCAAAUUGAGCUUGACAUUUCUGAACCCAUGGUCUCUAUUACAGUGAUGAUACCGGAUGGAAGAACACUGGUUUUGGAAAAUAUCUUAGUUGUUCCAGCAGACACCUACAGUUACAAAAUUCUUGACAAAAAGACAGUGGACAAGUCAUUUGAUUUUAUCAGCCAAUGUGGAGGAAACAGUUUUUAUAUUGACCCAGAACAAUCCUCGCCCUUCUGUAAGGACUCUGUAAGGUCACUGGUGGCUUUCUACAACAACGGAGCCCUGCCAUGUGAUUGCCACAGCGUGGGUGCCGUGAGCCCUGCGUGCAGCCCCCUGGGAGGGCAGUGUGUCUGCAGACCCAACGUCGUCGGCCGCCAGUGCACCCGAUGCCAAACUGGCUACUAUGGAUUCCCCUUUUGCAAGUUAUGCAACUGCGGGCAGCGUCUUUGUGAUGACUUGACUGGUAAAUGCAUCUGCCCUCCACGAACUGUGAAGCCAAAAUGUGAAGUGUGUGAGAAAUAUUACUUCAGCUAUCACCCCCUUGCUGGCUGCAAGAGCUGCAAUUGCUCAGAAAAAGGAAUUGUUGAUGUGGCAAACCCAGAAUGUGAUAAAACCAGUGGGCAAUGCAAAUGUAAACCAGGAAUAAAAGGACGUCGAUGUGAUCAGUGUGCUCCUGGAACUUAUGGUUUCCCUAACUGUGUGCCAUGUAGCUGUAACAGAGAUGGAACGGAACCAGAUGUUUGUGAUCCCCAGACAGGAAUUUGUCUUUGCAAGGAAAAUGUUGAAGGUGCAGCAUGUGACACUUGCAGACCAGGAUCCUUUUAUCUGAGCCCUUCUAACCCCAGGGGAUGCACACCUUGCUUUUGUUUUGGGGCAACCAGCAGCUGUCGCAGCACAGAUCGUCGUAGAACCAAGUUUGUGGAUAUGAGGAACUGGCGCUUGGAGGCAGUAGAUGAAAAUAUGGACAUUCCAGUCACUUUCAAUCCAGUCAGUAACAGCGUGGUGGCUGAUGUUCAAGAAUUGCCAGCUUCUGUGCAUAAUUUGUACUGGAAAGCACCACCAUCCUAUCUGGGAGAGAAGCUUUCUUCAUAUGGCGGCUUCCUAAGUUACCAAGUGAAAUCUUUUGGCUUACCUAGCGAGGGCAUGGUUCUUCUGGAUAAGAAACCUGAUAUACGACUAACAGGCCAACAAAUGGAAGUUGUUUAUAUGGAUCCUAACAACCCUCUGCCUGAUCGUCAAUAUUAUGGCCGAGUGCAGCUGGUUGAGGACAGCUUCAGGCACGCCGGCAGUGGUAAGCUGGUAUCCCGAGAAGAGCUGAUGAUAAUCCUGUCCAGGCUGGAUGGCCUGCACAUCCGAGCCCUUUACUUCACGGAGAGCCAGCGCCUGACGCUCGGGGAGGUGGGGCUGGAGGAAGCCACCAGCGAGGGCAGCGGCAGCAUCGCGCAUGGCGUGGAGAUGUGCGCCUGCCCACCGCAGUACGCAGGGGACUCCUGCCAGGAGUGCAGCAUUGGAUUUUACCGUGAAAAUAAAGGAUUAUUUGCUAGACGCUGUGUGCCCUGCAACUGCAAUGGAAAUUCAAAUAGAUGUCAAGAUGGUACUGGAAAAUGUAUUGACUGCCAGUAUAAUACUGCUGGGGAGAAAUGUGAGCACUGUAAAGAUGGUUAUUUUGGAGAUGCCACUCAAGGUUCCUGCCGGGAGUGCCCUUGUCCAUAUACAAACAGAUUUGCAGCUGGCUGCGUGGCAAAUGGUGAAGAAAUCCAGUGUCUCUGCAAAGAAGGCUACACCGGAGCUCGUUGUGAGCGCUGUGCUCCUGGAUAUUUUGGAAAUCCACAAAAUUAUGGAGGCUUCUGUCAGAAAUGUAAUUGUAAUAAUAAUGGACAGCUGGCUAGCUGUGACCACCUGACUGGAGAAUGUUUCAAUAAUGAACCAAAAGAUGUGGAUCCCAAUGAAGAUUGUGACUCCUGCGAUAGCUGUGUGAUUACCCUGCUGAAUGAUUUGAGCACAAUAGGUGAUGAGCUACAGCUCAUCAAGUCUCAGCUGCAAAAUGUCCAUGCAAAUACCCGCACUCUGGAGCAGAUGAGAGACCUGGAAACACGCACCAAGGACCUAAAGGUCUUAUUGAACAACUACCAUUCUGUUGUUCGUAAUCAAGGUUCAAAGGUAGAUGAGUUGGAGACAGAAUUCGUUAAACUAAAUCGUGAUAUAAAUGCUCUCCAGGAAAAGGCUGAAAUGAACUACAAAGAAGCUGAGAUAUUACUUAAUGAUUUUGGCCAAACUCAUCAGAAAGGAAAGGAUUUGGUUUCACAGAUACAAAUAGUGGUCAAUAAUAUACAAGCACUCUUGGAACAGAUAUCUGGUACGAACGCAGGAGGCAACAACCUGCCCCUGGGAGAUGCCUCGGAAGAGCUGGCCGAAGCUCAGCGCAUGAUGGCCGAGAUGCGGAACCGCAACUUUGGCCAACUUCAGGCCGAGGCAGAGAAGGAGCGAACAGAAUCUCAGCAGUUACUGGCACGUGUUAAGAAUGAACUACAAAAGCACCACCAAGAAAAUCGUGGGCUUAUUAAAGCUGUGAGGGAUGCACUGAAUGAAUAUGAAUCCAAAAUCACUGACCUUCGUGAAGCUCUGAAUGAUGCAACAGGACAAAUCAAGCAGGCUGAAGGCUUAAACAGAGACAACAUAGUUCUGUUAGCAGACAUCAAGAAACGGAUUGAGGAGACAAAUGUGCAACAGAAUGGUGUCUUGGAUAUUUUGAGCUCGGCCCAAUCUUCCCUGACACAAGCUAAGAAUGCACUUGGAUUAUUGCAAGAGAGCAAAGAGGAAUAUGAAAGUUUGGCUGCUCAGCUGGAUGGAGCAAGGAAGGAGAUGAAUGAAAAAGUGGCAAAUAUCUCAUCAGCAAGCAAAGAACCACUGGUGGUGAGAGCUGAGGAACAUGCCAAAUCUUUGCAAGAUUUGGCAAAACAACUGGAAGAGAUAAAGAACAGUGCCAGGAAGGACGAGUUGGUAGGCUGUGCUGUGGAAGCUUCUACUGCCUAUGACAAUAUUAUUGGUGCCAUCAAGGCAGCAGAGGAGGCAGCCAACCAAGCUGGGAAAGCAGCUGACUCAGCUUUAUCAACUGUGAAGAGAGAAGACUUAUCAGGAAAAGCUGAAAGGUUAAAAACUGAGAGCAGCACACUCAUGGAUCAAGCACAGGACACUAAUAGGAAAUUGCAAGCUAUUGGUCCAGACCUCGAAGACCUAAAGCAAAGACUUGAUGUCGCUGAUGGAAAGACAAAUACGCUGAAAAUUGAUCUUGUUACUGCUCAAAACAAUCUCAAUGGGAUAAACAGAGGUGACAUUGACAGCAUCAUCACCAGUGCAAGGAACAUGGCAGAAAAUGCCAACUCUGUCACUGAUAGUGUGUUGGGUGAGCUGGUCCCGAUUGAAGCAGAAGUGGAAAGAAUUAAGAGUAACUAUGGAAGCACGCAGAGUGCCAGCUUCAAUAAAGCACUGAUGGAGGCAAACAAUUCAGUAAAAAAUUUGACAAACCAACUUCCAGAUCUGUUCAGCAAGAUUGAGAGUAUCAACCAACAGCUGAUGCCAAUAAGCAACAUCUCUGAGAACAUAGAUCGCAUAAGGGAGCUGAUUCAGCAGGCAAGAGAUGCUGCAAAUAAGGUUACUAUUCCUAUGAGGUUCAAUGGCAGCUCUGGUGUAGAAGUUCGACCUCCAAGCAACCUUGAAGAUCUUAAGGGUUAUACUUCACUUUCCUUAUUUGUCCAAAGACCUCAGCAAGAACCAGACGCUCCCCAGAGGACAAAUAGGUUUGUCCUGUACCUGGGUAAUAAAGAUGCUUCCAAGGACUACAUUGGUAUGGCUGUGAAAGAUGGUUACCUUACUUGUGUCUAUAACCUGGGAGGUGGUGAUGGAGAAGUGAGAGUACAGUCGCCAGUGACCCAAAGCAAAACUGAAGAAGCUGUUAUGGAUCAAGUUACAUUUGAAAGGAUUUACCAGUAUGCAAAGCUGAAGUACAUCAAAGCAGCAACAUCAACUUCUCCAGAUUAUGAAAGCCCUAGAAGUGCAAGCAGUGGAGACAGUGACAUGCUCCUCAAUCUUGAUCCCAGCAGUGUUGUCUUUUAUGUUGGAGGGUACCCACCAGAUUUUACGCCUCCACGUAAUCUCAACUAUCCUCGUUAUGAAGGCUGCAUUGAAUUACACAGCCUAAAUGAGCGUAUUAUCAGCCUUUACAACUUCAAGAGGACUUUUAAUCUCAACACCACUGAAGUGAAACCCUGCAGAAGGUAUAAAGAGGAGACUGACCAAAGCUAUUUUGAGGGCACUGGUUAUGCCCUUGUCACAGCAAGAGAAGGAAGUGCCGACCGAGUACGGUACGAGCAGGCAGUUGAGACGACUGCAGAUGAAGGCAUUGUGUUUUUUGCAUCAAAUGGGGAUCAGUUCAUCAGUGUGCUCCUUAAAAAUGGUCAUAAAGUUUUUAGAUACAAACUUGACUCUGAAACUCCAGAAGAAGUAGAAGGCAAAAACACUGUAAAUGAUGGAACCUAUCAACAAAUUAAUUUGGUGCUUGACCGAAGAAGGGGUGUUGUGUUUGUCAGUCCUGAUAUUACCACCCGAAAACAUGUCUUCAAUUUCUCUGAGUACUACCUAGGUGGAGUUCCAGCUUUUCUACGGGAACGGUUCAAUAUAACCACACCUCCAUUCCGAGGCUGCAUGAAGAAUGUGAAAAACCCAGCCAGAGCAUCUGUUGUUUUUGAUAAGAGUUUUGGUGUCAGCAAGAAAUGUUCAGAUGACUGGAAGCUUGUCAGAUCUGCAGCUUUCUCUAAGGAUGGAACACUGAGCCUGAGUGCAGUAGAUUUCCCAUUUCCCAAGGAUUUCCAAGUUGGCUUCGGCUUUCAGACCACAGCUUCGACUGGAACACUCUUAAAUUACAAUCUACGGCCUGAUGUUCUUUCCAUCUUUCUGAGUCCUGGCUCUGUAACUGCAAAGAUACAAGAUAAGGAAAUUAAACUGGAAAAGAAAUAUGAAGAUGGGUCAAUGCAUUAUGUGACAGUAAUAAAAACAGACAACAGAGUACAUCUGAUGGUUGAUGAUGAGUCAAAAGAUGUUGACUCUCCCAGGUCAUCAAACUCACAGGAAUCAAACACAGCUAUAAAAUUUGGUGGAGAUAAUUUCGAAGGUUGCAUGUCAAACAUCUUUAUUAAAAGGGCAGGUCAGCUCCCCGAGGUUCAAAAUCUUGUUGCUAAUACUGGCAAGACUGGUGUAUCCCUUGGAGCUUGCCGGGAAUACGAAAACCUUGAACCAAUACUGCUGCAGGAAUUUAAAAAUCCUCUCAGGCUUAAGAUGCUCAAGAAUGAAAUAUACCUUGACUAUUUGAAAACUGCUAACCUGCAAAACCACACUGUACCAGGUCUGCUACAUGACAGCAGAGAAGCGUAUCUCUUUGGAAGCACCCCUAACAGCUUCAUAUCCUACAUGUUUUCUCCAUUGUUAUCUACAAACAGGUUACACUUUUCUGUAGAUGUACGGACUCGAUCAUCAAGAGGAUUAAUAGUUUUCAUGGAGAAAAGCUCUGAGGACUCUUAUAUGGCUCUCCGCAUUUCAAAAGGACAUUUUGUCUUUUCACUUGGCACUGGAGAAAAACAAAUCAAAGUCAAAACCAGUACUAAAUACAACGAUGGGCAAUGGCACACUGUGGUCUUCAGCACAGAUGGGAAGAACGCCCGCCUUGUCAUUGAUGGUCUAAGGGCCCAGCACAGAAAACUGGCAACAAAUUCCCCCAUUAGCAUUAAGCCACCAAUCUACGUGGGAGGGCUGCCACCACUGAAGAAACAGAAUAUACCAAUGAAGAGUUUCAAGGGUUGCCUGAGGAAUUUUAAGAUGAAUGGAAAAAUCAUGAAUGCACCUCAACAAAUAAAUGGCGUACUUCCAUGUCUGGAUGUUCCCAUGGACACAGGGAUUUACUUCUUUAAUGAAGGAGGAUAUAUCACCAUUGGUAACUUGCUGAUGGGAUUGGAUUUCAGGAUUGUAUUUACCAUUCGGCCUAGGAGUUCAACAGGUGUACUCCUCCAUGCUGGAAGCAAGCAGGACAACUACUUGACUGUUUACAUGAAGGGAGGAAAGGUCGUUGCUGCUGGAAAUAGUGGUGCUGGAGAAUUUCAGGCAUCAGUCACACCUAAGAAACCUCUAUCUGAUGGACAGUGGCACACCAUUGCAGUCUCUCAGAAGAGGAACACAGUGCAUCUAGAGGUGGGCACACAGAGUAACUCUACCACUGAACUUCAAUCCUCUCCUAGACGUGUGUAUCAGCCACUCUACUUCGGCAAAAUUCCAGCAAAUUUGGACACCCCAUGGCUUCCAGUUGAAGACCCAUUUUUUGGCUGCCUUUGGAAUAUUACCAUCAAUGACAAACAUGUCUCCACCAGGAGAAUUUCGGAGGUUCACGGUGUAGUGAAUUUGCACGGGUGCCCAGAGAAGUGACCCUGCUGCUACAGUCAUCAUGCACACAUCGGGCUGUGCCUGCUGAAGAACUGUGUGGGUUCUCCUUUGCUGAUCAGCAUCAGGCUGCUUGUUCUGAACAGCCGGUGAGCAAAUGCAUCCUCUGGAUGUGGACUGUGCCGAAGCAAACGAAAAGUAUUUGCUUUGGCAAUCUUCCUUUUAAAUGGUAUUGAUUUCCAAGGUAAUCCGUUGUGCCUUUUGAGAUAUAUGUAGAAAAUAUAAUUGCAUAUGCCCUACUGGGCCAAAUUCUGCUCUUACCCACAAGAGCAGGGACUUGAGCAACUCCAGUGUCUUAAUUUUGGAAAUUUUUCUUAAUUUUGGCCAUCUUGAGAGUAAAUUUGAUCAAUUAAUAUAAAGAAUUUUAUAAAAAUAUAAAUCUCUUUGGAUUGUUGCUUAUACAGAAAUGUACAUUGAUGUUAAAAGUAAUAAUAAUAAUAUAAAUGGAGUUUGAAGCACUUUAAGGAGUGAAACUCUGGGAGUUUGUUACAAAGUUAGGAAUUGUGGGACCAAAUAAAUGCAGUAUGUUCCUAAAACCUUUCAUUUUCUUGUUUGGUUGUUUUAACCCGGUGGGUUUUUAAUGUACUUUUUAGAAGCUGCUAAGUCCUGCUUGCUUUGUGCAAAUAGUUCUGUAGGCUUAAGAUGCUGAUUUGCCUGAAUAAGCAGGUAUCCAUCAUCUCUGCAUUUCCGCUCAUCACAAUUUGGUUAUCUAAAAAUCUCAAAAAGAGCGUAAUUUUUUUUUUUGCAAUCUUCCGAGUCAGAGAGUCUCUUCCAUACGCAUUUUUUUCCUAAUGAAAUGAAAAAAAGUUUUAUUAAGAAUAGCAGCUGCAUCUGCUACAAUUAUGUACCAUGAAUUACAGGACUAACCCAGCAAAACUGUUUUCUUCAACAUUCAAAUCUUUGUUUUGUACCUGAUUGUGAACCACAGUGGAGGGCAGGGAACCCACUUUGCUUUAUUCUUCUGAGUAGAGGGCUGGACUCUAUAGACUUGAUAUGACUUCUUUUUCCACUGUCUUUCAGAAUCAGUAUUUUGAUAAUGUUUUUUUUAAUCCCCAAUGCCCUGUUUUGCAAAAUGAAAAACAUGAAAAAAAUUUUCUAAGGCUGGUCCUCGAUAUAGGGAGACAAGCAGACAAAUUCUCCUUCACUCCUAAUGUUCCUACUUUCUACUGCCACCUUCUCAAUGUACAGCAGUGUGUCCGCAGUGUGCUUGAAAUGAGGUGCAAGCUGGACUAAUAGAAGUAGAUGCAGAAUCAAUAGCCCUUAUGGCUUUGGUCAUUAAUCCCUUGUCAGAUUUUUGCAGCUUUGUAGGUCCUUUGCAGCUUUGCAGGGCGGCAAAAGUGUCAGAAAGCUGUUCACACCAAAUCUUGUGUUGCUUUCUCUUUUAUGGCAAAUCUUUCACUGGCAAAUCUGUGUCCAUGCAGAGUAUUCUCAAGUGUAAAGCCAAUAUUGGUGGGAAUGGGAUGCAUGCCAGGGUUGAGGGCUCAGAAGGAGCAAAGGAUUGAUAUGUAAGGGCAGAGCCCUCUCUCUGGAGAUGCUCUGCAGAAACAUAUUCCCCUGUACAGCAACCUGCCACAUGGGACAGAAAUGCCCAUCAGGCUGGAGGUGAUGAGUUCAGAAAUCAUAUCCUGUGAUAGCAACAACUGAAUCCUUUCUAUUUAUAAAAGCGCAAAUACUGCUCAAAUACUCAGUUGACCAAAACUGUGAAAACACUCAAUUCAUUUACUGGCCUGAGUUGAUACUAAAAGUUUCCAGAAGGAGAAAGGAAGAACAAUUAAAUUUUAUCAUGCAAUUCUCUAGUAACAUUCCCUGUCUCAUGCUCAUCAGAUAGAUCUGUGAGGCAGAUUUUCCCAAAUCACAAAAGAAAAGCCUUUUCAUUCUUCUCUUAAGCCUCCUCUGUAAAACAAAACAAAACAAAAAAUAGCACAGCAAAGAUUUUUGCAUCACAACCUGGAGCCAGUCCUGGAUUUCAAUUCCCUUCCAUUCAAUUUGAAUUUAUCAGAAGUAGUUUUAAUGCUAACAAAAAGAAAUAAAAAAUGUAUGAAGACUUGAGUAAAUGUAAGAUAUAUUGAUCAGUAAGUAUUAAUUCCAAUACAAUAUUACUUUUGCACAACAAAAAAAUAGGAAAGUCUCUUUGGUUUUACGGUUCUUUGUGGUUUAGUGUUUUUUACCUACAGUUUUUUUCAGUUGUAUUGCUUCCACAGAAUCAGGCUGUCAUAUGUUGCUGCAACAAUGAAUAAAUGCCAACUAGAGUUUCAGGUUCUGUACUUUUGCAUAGGUAAAUUUAUAUCAGGCUGAGGAACGUUUAGUAAAAAGCUUUUACACAGAAUGUUUUGACUUGGAAGGAACCCUCAAGGAUCAUCAAGUCCAGUGGAUGAUCUUUACAUGAGGAAAGAAGUUGUCCUUUUCAAUCGAUGAAGAAUUUUUAUUAUUGAAGAAAUCCACGUGGACACUGUGCUAUGGGAUUUUUUAGUUGUUACCAGUAGUAGCUCCAAGACUUUAAUCAUCAGUGUUGCCAUUUGACAAUAACUUGCAUGAAUUAUUUGCCUCUUUUGGCUGUGGCAUUUCAGGUGUGCUCCCAAAACUAGCAAUUCCCAUGUUAGAAUAAAAUACUCAUACAGGAGAGGCUUUCCCUGUAACAUUUUAUUCCAUUGUCAUUUUACUAAUCAAAUACCAUAUUCAGUACACUGAGAGCACAUGGCUGAAAAAUACACACUCUUUUAACAGCAUAUUAGAGUUCUUCUGAAUCCCAAAUCAAUUACAGAAGGAGAACAGAAGAUUUCCUCUGUAAACUAAACCGCAUUGGUAUUGUGAGCAUCAAGUCUCUCUCUUGUCCAUAUAAGUACCAAGGGCAAAGGGUUGUCAUCCAGUUAAUUUGGCUUAGAUUUAAUAGGAUCAUGUUAUCUGAGGUGGAUGACACCAAGGUCUGUCAGUUUCCAUUUAUUAUAACUACAAACUACAGCCAGAUUAUUGGCAGCGGAGAGACAGAAAACCUAACACUGAGAACUGAGAGAAAAUAAAAUGAAAUAAAUCACAGGGCACUGUAGAAGGAAAUACACAUUCAUUGUAGAAAAAAAAAGUGUGUAUAUAUUAAAAAGUAAAACAAACUGCCUUUUCACUGCUUAUAAAUGACUGUAGUUUAAGUUUCAAAUAACAAAAGCUUCCAAUUAAAACUUUUAACAUUCAUUCUGUACCUGAGCUAAGGGUUUGUACUUCUGUUACUGUGGAGCUUUCAUUUAAAACACAGAGCCAUUGACAUUUUACACUGUCACCAGCAACAUGAAUUGGGUGAGCUAACUUUCUGUGGUUUUGUAACCACUUCUUUGAGUCAUCUGUGAGCCAAUUCAUUUCAGCUUUCCAUCUUCUUUGCCUCUUCAUAAGUCCUCCAUGGGUAUUUUCAUACAUGGUUUUUUUUUAUUAUUUGGAGUAUUUUCUCCCCUCUCCUUCCUUUCUGCCCUUUAUAAAAUAGCCUUGCAAAUGCAGUCUCAGUGAACACACUAUAAAUGUGUUAUGGUUUUGUAAUGGACUCUUGCCAUGCUUUUUGCCUCUUACCAUACUCUUUGUGGUUUCCUCAUCUAAAAAAAUGAAAAACCACCUGCAUCUUUCUCUAAUGAUGCAAGGAAAUUUGGGACACAACCUUCUGUAAAUCUAUCUGCAUUUUCUAAAAAUACAUUAAAUAGACAUCCCUUUCAAAAGGGAUGUUAAAUGGGAUGGUGCCGUAAUACAAUAUUAUAGCUUCACAGGAGGCAUUAAGACUGCAAGGCAGAAACAUAAACAUCCUUUGUGCAGCUGGCCCAGACAUCUUAAAAUUGCGAGAGACUGGUCAUUGCCUGAGCUGCAAUGAAGCACCCUCUGAGUAUAAAAAAUUGCAAGAAAAAAUAACCAAUGAAUGUUUAUGUUCUGUCUGUCAUUUUAGGGGAUCUUCUGUAGCAAUGAAACCAGACUACGACCUGUUAUUCAUAUUGUGCCAUGUCUCCUUCUUUGCAGCUGACAGCAUAAGAUCUUUUUUAAACACACUCCUAUCAUUACUUUAUACCUCAGCCAGUUACUAUGUUUUCUAUGGGUUGUUCAAAAUGUGAAGCACAUGUGAAAUGUUCCAUGAGAAAUAGUUUCUUUGUUAAGGUGUCACUCACUCGUUGAGA